AUGGGUACAUCUGAUUCUGGAAAAUCGACAAUUAUUCAAUUAAUUGAACGAUUCUAUGAUCCAACUGUUGGUCGAUUGUUAAUUGAUUCAAAAGAUAUUCGAAAUCUUAAUCUUCAAUGGUAUCGUUCGCAAAUUGCUAUUGUUUCACAAGAACCAAUACUUUUUGAUAUAUCAAUUCGUGAAAAUAUUGCUUAUGGUGAUUAUAGUCGAAUAAAUAUUCCAUCAGAUGAAAUUAUUCAAGUAGCUAAAUAA